AUGUCUGUUCUGUCACCGUCACUCUCGCUGUUUCUCUUGCGCUCAUCCUCUCCCGCCGCCAUCGCGUUGUCGCUCACCUUCGCUCACCUCCUUCCUCUUUUGCCCUCGUACUCGUGCUCAUCCCGGCUCUCUCCAUUACCACAAGCCUCACGACCGCAAUGCGCUGCGGACCCCAGCUCGAACCUCGCGGGAGUCAUCGCGCCAGGCGUCAACGUCGAAGCGUCGCCGGCGCUCGGACUUGCUGUCCAGCGUGAGGCAAUCCCGGUCACCGUCUCAGCGUCGACGUCGGCGUACACAUACACGCACAGCAGAGGCUGCUGCCGGCGUGUUGAACGCGCCAUCGACACCACGGCAAUGGGCCCCUCUCUGGCGCGUGCUCGAGCACAGGCUGUGUGUCAAAACCCGUGA